AUGCCUGCCGCCAACGCCGCCUCUCCUUCCAAGGAGACCGCUCAGUCGGUUGCUGUCCUCGAGGACCUCAUGAAGAACCUCUCCUUGGCCGCCACCGCCGAUGAGGCCAACGCCGCUGCCGGCAACAUUGCCCACCUCUUCAGUGGUCCCAUCCCCGAGCAGGUCCUCCCUGCCAAGGCUGCCGAGCUCUUCAAGAAGCAGCUUGCCAACAAGAAGGACGCCACCGCCCGUGAGCGUGCUGCUGAGGGUAUCCGUGCCAUCGCUCUCCACCCCACAAUCGAAGCCGGUGUCGAGCCCCACCUCGUUGCCCUCCUCGGCCCCAUCCUCGCCGCUGUCGGUGACAAGCAGCAGGCCGUCAAGGAGGCCGCCCAGAGCGCCGCCAUCGCCAUCGUCAAGAACGUCAGCGGUAACGCCGUCAAGGCCACCAUCACUCCCAUCCUCGACUCUCUCGCCAACGCCCAGAAGUGGCCCGAGAAGAAGUGUGCCCUUGACUGCAUUGACCAGCUGGUCGACUCUGCCAAGAUGCAGCUCGGUUACCAGGUCCCUACCCUGAUCCCCGUCAUCUCCGAGGCCAUGUGGGACACCAAGACCGAGGUCAAGAAGGCCGCCUACGCCACCAUGGAGAAGGUCUGCAACUUGAUUGUCAACAAGGAUAUCGAGCGUUUCAUUCCUGAGCUCAUCAAGUGUAUCGCCAAGCCCCAGAACGUCCCCGAGACCGUUCACUUGCUCGGUGCCACCACUUUCGUUACUGAUGUUACCGGCCCUACCCUCGCCAUCAUGGUUCCCCUGCUGGACCGUGGUCUCGUUGAGCGUGAGACCGCUAUCAAGCGUAAGACCGCUGUCAUUGUCGACAACAUGUGUAAGCUGGUGGAGGAUCCCCAGCUCGUCGCUCCUUUCCUGCCCAAGAUGUUGCCAGGUCUGAACAAGAACUACGAGACUCUCGCCGACCCCGAGGCCCGUGAGAAGACCAAGCAGGCCCUUGACACCCUUGCCCGUGUCGGUGAGGUCAAGGACGGUAAGAUCCCCGAGGUCUCCCGUGCCGGUGACAUCAGCACCGUCUCUGCCAUCCUCAAGGAGAUCCUCGAGGCCACCAAGCACAAGGAUGUCAUCGCUGGCUCCGAGGAGCUCAUCAACUACGUUGCUGCCAUUUGUGGUCAGCUCGUCGAUGAGAAGGAGAACGACCACGUUAUCUGGACCACCAACACCCUGCCCUUCAUCACCGCCAUCGUUGGUGAGGCCGACGCCAAGUCCGUCGCCGAGACUCUCCGCCAGAAGGCUUGCCCUGAUGCCGCCGCUGCUGACGCCAUUGCCUCCGACGAGGAGGAGGGUGAGGAUCUGUGCAACUGCACCUUCUCCCUGGCCUACGGUGCCAAGAUUCUGCUGAACCAGACUCACCUGCGCCUCAAGCGUGGUCAGCGUUACGGUCUCCUCGGUCCCAACGGUUCCGGAAAGACCACCCUCAUGCGCGCCAUCAACAACGAGCAGCUCGAGGGUUUCCCCAAGAAGGACGAGGUCAAGACUGUCUACGUCGAGCACGACCUCGACUCUGCUGACACUGAGAUGAAGGUCUGGGAGUGGGCCCAGAUGAAGCUCAAGCAGGUCGGCAUUGAGCUCGAGAAGGAGGCCCUUGAGGACCGUCUCGAGAAGGAGUUCGGCUUCACCCAGCCCCAGAUUGCCGGUGCCAUCUCCGCUCUUUCCGGUGGCUGGAAGAUGAAGCUCGCUCUUUGCCGUGCUGUCUACGAGCAGCCCGAUAUCCUGCUUCUUGACGAGCCCACCAACCACUUGGACGUCAAGAACGUUGCUUGGUUGGAGAACUACCUCCGCGAGUCCCCUUGCACCUCCAUCAUGGUGUCUCACGACUCCAAGUUCCUUGACAACGUCAUCCAGCACGUUGUCCACUACGAGCGCUUCAAGCUCCGCCGCUACCGCGGUACCCUCAGCGAGUUCGUCAAGCAGGUCCCCUCUGCCAAGUCCUACUACGAGCUCGGUGCCUCCGAGAUCGAGUUCAAGUUCCCCGAGCCCGGUUUCCUUGAGGGUGUCAAGACCAAGUCCAAGGCUAUCUGCCGUGUCUCCAACAUGUCCUUCCAGUACCCCGGUACCCCCAAGCCCCAGAUCCACGGAAUUACCUUCCAGGUCUCCCUUGGUUCCCGUAUUGCUGUCAUUGGUGCCAACGGUGCCGGCAAGUCUACUCUUGUCAACGUCCUGACUGGUGAACUUAUCCCCACCUCCGGUGAGGUUUACCAGCACGAGAACAUCCGUAUCGCCUACAUUAAGCAGCACGCUUUCGCUCACAUCGAUCACCACCUCGACAAGACUCCCUCCGAGUACAUCCAAUGGCGUUUCCAGACCGGUGAGGACCGUGAGACUAUGGAUCGCGCCAACAAGAUCGUCACCGAGGAGGAUGAGAAGGCCAUGGACAAGAUCUACCAGGUCGAGGGCACCCCCCGCCGUGUCAUCGGUAUCCACUCUCGUCGCAAGUUCAAGAACACCUACGAGUACGAGAUCUCUUGGUCUCUGGGUGACAACAUCGGCAUGAAGUCCGAGAAGUGGACUCCUCUCAUGUCCGCUGACAACACCUGGUUGCCCCGUUCCGAGAUUAUCGUCUCCCACCCCAAGCAGGUCGCCGAUGUUGACCAGAAGGAGGCUCUCGCUUCCGGUCAGUUCCGUCCCCUUGUCCGUAAGGAGAUUGAGCAGCACUGCACCAACUUCGGUCUCGAUGCCGAGCUGGUUUCUCACUCCCGCAUGGUUGGUCUCUCCGGUGGCCAGCGUGUUAAGGUCGUUCUCGCCGCUUGCUCUUGGCAACGCCCCCACUUGAUCGUUCUUGACGAGCCCACCAACUACCUUGACCGUGACUCUCUCGGUGCCCUUUCCAAGGCCAUCAAGUCCUUCGAGGGUGGUGUUGUUAUCAUUACUCACUCCCGUGAGUUCACUGAGCACCUGACUGAGGAAGUCUGGGCUGUCAACGACGGUAUGAUGACUCCUUCCGGACACAACUGGGUCCAGGGUCAGGGUUCCGGCCCCCGUCUCGACGCCAAGGGUGACGAUGACGAGGACAAGUUCGAUGCCAUGGGUAACAAGAUUGUCACCGAGAAGAAGGUUAAGCUUUCUGGUUCCGAGCUCCGUAAGAAGAAGAAGGAGCGUGCCGCUCGCCGCAAGCGUGGUGAGGAGGUCUUCUCCGAUGAGGACAUGUAA